ACUUGGGCGCAUGCGCUUAGAUCAAAACAAAGAUGGCUGCCAGCCGUCGGCCAACGGGCGCGAAUCAUCAAAAGAAUCGAUAUUUUGAGAAAAUUUAUGAAGAAGCAGUCUCAACUGGUGAAAUCAAAUUAAAUGGAAGAAAAUUGAUAGACUAUCCAAAAAUUUUUCAAAAAGGAGAUCUGUUAGACACGGUAAAAUGUGAUAUUUCGGAUAACAUGUACACGGAAGUGCCGAAAAAAAUAUUAGAAUACACAUAUUUAGAAGAACUCGAUGCUUCACAUAAUAAUAUCAGAAUUGAAAAGUUACCAUUCGAAAUGGCUUCGAUGAAUAUUGAAUGCAUUAAUCUAAAUUUUAACCCAUUAAAACAACCACCUGCGGACAUUGCCAAAAAAGGAUGGAAGCAUAUUGUAAAAAGUCUUAAUAGAGAAAGAAAGAGGGAACUUGGCGAGGAAACACGCCGAAACAAAGGACAAUUUAGACAUUCAAGUUCAUUCCCGACGAUAUCCAGUCUUUCACAGCAAUCACAAAUAUCCAGUCUUUCCUUACCCGAAUGUGUUCCUGUAACACAAAGGAAGCCUGAGCUGGUUCGAAGAAGUUCUUCGUCUGCCAGACCUCAACCUCCCCCGCGGACUGUUUCCCAACUUUCUAGUUCCCGAAGUUCUUCCGUUUCUGGUUUAACUACACCGGAAACGUCACCGGAUUCCACACCAAAGAAUAGUCCAAAUAUGCAAAACGGUCACAGGAAUUUUACCUACUCAUUCCACGAUGACAGCAAGUCUUCGUCUAACUCUGCAAGUUCAAUACCGUCGUACAAGGCAGAUCUUCAAACCUCUCCCUCUGUAAACAGAAGAUCUGUUGCUUACUCAUCGUCAGCAAACGUUCAUCAGAUAUCCCCGGUUAAAAAUUAUUCGCCAGAGAAUAAUAAUGGAUUUCAUACGCAAAUGCUAUCCAAAGAUCAAACACCAUCUCCAAAUCAAGAUAGGAAACCUUCGAAUUUCACAAUACAACGACACGAAAAACAAGCUGUGUUACGUCAGAGUGAACUUUAUAGAACUCGAAGGAUGAUGGAGGAACACCUAAAAUGUAAACUUCCAGAAAAUAUAACUGCAGCCUUAAGAGAUGGCGUUAUUUUAUGCCAUUUAGCCAAUCAAAUAUGGCCUCAUUCAAUUGAUCGUGUUCACGUUCCGUCUGUCGUCGACACUGAAUUACCAACUGCCAAGUGCCAGAAAAAUGUCAAUAGUUUUUUAACCGCAUGCCGUAGAAUUGGCGUUAGUGAGGAUUUUAUAUGCCCCGCGUCUGUGAUUUUAGAAGAAAAAGAACCCUUAGAAUUGUGUCGAACAGUUCAAAAAUUGCUUGAUUUACAAACUACCGCCAAAGCUUCAGCAGUUUGA